AAAAAAUUAAAAUAUCUAUAGACACAAAAAGAAAACAAAAGGAAUUUGAAAUGAUGGUCAACAGGCUGGCCCCGUCACUCAUUAUUUGAUUCCAGUGUUGUGUUCAUCACUCGUUAAUCGUUAUUCUGCUCACCGAUCAGAUAUGAAGGGUGCAAGGGGUAAAGGUGCUGCAAAAAGAGACACCUUGAAGCCUGUUGAUGACAGAAAAGUAGGUAAGAAAAAGGCGGCAGCGAGCAAAGGCAAGAAGACUAAGGCAGCUAAAGAUCCCAACAAGCCCAAGAGACCUCCAAGUGCUUUUUUUGUUUUCCUUGAGGAGUUUAGGAUAACAUUUAAGAAAGAAAAUCCUAACAACAAGGCUGUGUCAGCUGUUGGGAAAGCUGGCGGAGAGAAGUGGAAGUCCAUGAGUGCAGCCGAAAAAGCACCUUAUGAAGCCAAAGCUGCAAAAAGGAAGACCGAGUAUGAAAAACUUAUGAAAGCAUACAAUAAAAAACAGGAGAGUGAAGCGGAUGAUGUUGAAGAAGAAUCAGAUAAGUCAAAAUCUGAAGUAGACGAGGAAAGCGGGCAGGAGGAUGAUGAAGCGGACGAUGACGAAGAUGAAGAUGAUGAUUGAAUUAUAUGAGGGUUUGACAAUUGGUAUUUGUAAUUUAUUUUCUAGUUUAGGUCUAUCUAAUGGUUUCAACUUUCAAGUGACAGUUUAUAAUUACAGUAAUGUUAUUUUAUAAUUGGCAUAAAGCUCUCCAACUGUUAAGUGUCUGUUAAUCUAACCAAUUUUUCUGACCA